GUUUGACCUGAGCAUGGUAAUUUUAAUUAGAGUAAGAUAGACAAAACAGAUAGCCUUUUAUUUGAAGAAAAUGAUUGUCUGUUUUUAUACAGUAUAUCUACAGGUCAUGUAAUUUGCUACUGGCAGUCGAGGCUACUAUUUUUAACAUGACCCACAAUCCUGUUCUUUAGAAAGGUCUCUUGGAACAAGCCGGGGAACUUCUUGAGACAUGGUUCGCCCUUUAGAAACUGUUGUUGCUCACUGCUUCAGAUAAUAAUGAGUCGCUAUAGAAAAUCAGGUCCAAGGCUGCACAGGCAUUGCGAGACCUGUUAUAAUCGCCGCUGUAAAGCCUCCAUAGAGGUCUCUGUGUCCUGCAUGGUCAUCAACUGCCGCUUGCUCUGUGGAGCCUCCUUUCACUUAUGUAAAGAGGAUGAACACUCUCUGCUGUGUCCCAAUGAGAAGGUGCCCUGCAUUAAUGCUCACUAUGGCUGCCCUUUCACCAUGUGUCGCUCUCGUCUGGCCAAACAUCUUGAGGUUUGCCCUGCGAGCAUCGUCUGCUGCUCGAUGGAAUGGAACCGCUGGCCCGUCCAGAACCCAGAUGCUCCUUUGUACCCAAACCUUCUGAAAGAGCUCCAUGAGCAGGAGUCACUAGACCUUUCCAUGGCACUAAGAGACCAGAAACAUCUAUGUGCGAGGUUGAAAAUGAGGAACUGCUUUCCAGAGUUGAUGGAGGAACGAGAAGAGGAACCAACUCCAGUGGAGGAGGAGGAGGAUAAAGAGGCAGCAGCAGGAAGAGAGGCUGUACCUAAUGGAAUUUCCAUCAAUGAACAUGAAGGUUCAGUUUUAUUAAAUGGAUCAUCUAAAUCUUGUGAGAAAGCUAUGAAUGAAAACAUGGUCCUCAAUGGUGACAUUGACAAGGAGAAGUACAAUCUAUUUGAGAAGAUGUUCUCCAUGGAAAAGGGGGGUUGCAAGCAGGCAGAGGCAUCAACAACAGAAGAAAAGAAAGGACAAAAGGCUCUUUCUGUCACAAAACCACAAGACGCUUUUAUAGAGCCUAAGAAUGAGGAAACCAAUGCACCCAGUGUGGAUGUCUCCAAAUGUGGACUGGCACCUUGGCAGGAUGGUGUCCUGGAGAGACUCGGGCAGGAGGUAAAACCAAGAGAAUUCAACAUGUACAUAGUGCAUCAUGGGCGCAUGCUGAUCUCCUUUGGUCAGAUGGAUGCUUGCACACCUAGGGAGAGAGAUUUUGUUUAUGGGAGCUUGGAGCCAAUACCAGUCCAGACUCUACGCUCCUUCAAGGUUCCCACUAGUUACAAACAAAAACGCAUUCAACUUAGAGAAUUCAAAGCGAGAGUAAUGACCGAGCACAAGUGUGUUGGCACAUCGGAUGAGUCAACUUUAUCUGAGAAUAAAGAUGGCUGGGAGAUGGAUGAGAUGUUUGCAACCCUACUCUGUUACGCAGAGUCUGAGAUUAGGGGUCAUAAAAUAAGUGAAAUGGUGCCAACAGAUGGGCUUUAUGUUGAUAUCGCAACGCAGACAUAUAAUUUUGCAACAGCUCCCUUUAAAUACAACGCAUCUCUGACUGAAGUAACAGCAGACAUGGAUUUGAAACUUCACCUUGAACUUGAUACAGAAACGGCUACCCUCAGGCACAACAAAUUCACCUCAGCUUUCUCAUUCAUGUGUGGCCAUUUCUUCCGGCGGGAUGAGUUUGCCUCACACUUUAAGAACGUGCACUUGGAUAUUCAGUCUUGUAUGGGUGGUUGGUUUGAGCAGAGAUGCCCACUGGCUUACCUUGGUUGCACCUUCAGCCAAAAAAGAUUACAACCUGCCACACAAAGGGCCAAAGUCUUCUAUAACCGGGACCUCAGUAUCUUCACUCUCACACCUGAGGUUCCUGCGUGUCUCCAGAACAAUUCGCCAAACCUUUCAGAAAAGGCACAUGUCAAAUAUGAAGACUCUCUCAGUAACCUUCCCUUUGAGGUCCUUCACCACAUCGCUUCUUACCUGGACAGUUACACCUUGUCCCAGCUAGCUCUGGUCUCACGAUUGUUCAGGGAUAUAUGUGCCACGCUUCUGCAGGAGAGAGGAAUGGUGGCUUUUAAGUGGCGUAAGAAGUCAUACUCUCACGGAGGAGCCCGAUGGAAACCUACCAUAGUCUGGGAGUUCAGUACUCUUUUUAGUAAAGUGGAGAACUGGUGCAUUGGCGACACACCAUCAAUGGCUGAGCAUCUUCAAAACUGUCCGUUCUACCAAACUGAACUGAAAACUGAGCCUUUUACCCUGACCAAUAUGUCUGAUAUCAAAGGAAAGGGGGGAAACAAUUUGGUUUCUUUGUUUAUGGGACACAAAUGAUAGCAGCGACUGAAUUUUAUAUAUUUAUUGACUGAUGUAUUUAAUGUGGUUCUAAUGUCCACCGGAGAAAGUUACUUUACUAUUAUUUUGUUUGAAAAUAAUAUAAUCAAUAUUGGACUUUGAGCAUUGGUUAUGUUUUCGUGUUAAUGAUAGCAAAACUCAAGCUGCAUGAAUCAUGAACAUGUUAUCCAGUAUUAUUGAAGAUGAUUAAAAGAAUCCAUUGUGCUUGCACAUGUUUACUGUC